AUGCAAAGAUGGGCCGGUUUCGCAACCAAGCGACAUGGCUUAUGUUUCCAGAUCACCAAUUUCUUAUACCUAGGAAACAAAAUCCAACACGAUGUCGUACCUCGCAUCAGUGAGCGCCAUGGGCUUCAUCAGCGUCGUGCAGGACGGAUUCAAAGCAGAUCAUUCACCCAGCAGGGAUUGCUGUCUUCUGUCUCGCAGUACAGCUCAAACCCCAAUUGGCAAUCAGAUCUCGAGUCGGCCACUCUAUCCGACGACCGUUUCGCCGACCUGCUAAGUGACGCAGUCAGAUACUUCAUUCAUGAUGUGGAAGCUCUGGACUUUCAAUCAUCCGUAACCAGUGUUGUUGGCCAUAACACUCGGCUUGUGGACCAGCCAAGAUACCAGUUCGAUUUUGAGCUAUGGGCGAUUCUUCUGCGCUACCGCAUGCGUGCUUAUGGUGGUGCAGGAAUCAAAACCAUCUGGGAAUAUUUUACACGGCGCGAUCGAGUGAGAUUACUACCAGCUAAUUGGACGACGGAAGACUACUUGUGGGGUGUGUUCGUGACCCUGGGUCUCAACGACCAUGAGUUUCUCUAUGCUAUUGCUGAGCACGCCCGGCAACUCUGGCAAGAGCGAAGGAUGCGGCGCUCGACACUGUAUGUUGAGGUUGUGGGAGGUUUACUCGAAAGCGAAGAUUCUGCAAUUGCUCCAAAAUUCUCUGAAAUCAUGCAUCCUGGAGUCUCCAUAAGUUCAGAAGAGCUGAUUCAGCUGUUCGAGCAUGCUUGCAGAUCAGCAAACCCAAAGGCUUUAGAGCACUUCCGGUGGAUUUGUGAUUCUGUUUCUAAUUACAAAAUUUAUGGGCAGAUCAUAUCCAUUCUAUGUGAGCAAGACCGAGUUGUCGAGGCCAUCGAGAUGCACCGUGAGCUCAUCCGCCGCCGUGACUGUCCUACAACUUUCAAGGAGGUCGAGCCACUAAUCCGACGUCUUGCACAUGAUAACCUUGGUCUCGCGGCCUUCAUUCGCCCUUUGGUAGAGGCAGACAUCUCGUUCAGUCGACAGGCACAGAAGCUCUAUGACUCGGCCAAGGACACUCCUUUCGGCAUCCCUCGCGAAGAGAUAGACCUUGCGAGAAACAAGACUUUUGGCGUCAAACGAGCAAAGAUUAGUGAUGCAUUUGCAGCAAGAUUCUUCGCUACCAAGUCCUUCUCCUUUGAAUUCGCCCUGCACGGGCUUCAUAUGCUGGGACUUGACGAGGUAGGACCACUAUCUUUACGUCAAAUUGCUUUGCAGGCAGGUAAUGCUACACUUUUCCGGCAGCGACUGGCACAGGUGGACAGUAUGGAGCUUGACACUGGGGCCUCCGCAUACUCGAGGGUCAUCAGGAAACUUGUCAGAGAGCAACGAGAUUCUAUGCUCAUGGACGUCAUUAACUGUGAUCAACAUCCUGAUGUAUUUGAAGAUCAACAAGUGCAAUUUCAACUACGUAACAAAUACCACCACGAGAAAGAUUGGCGGCAACUUAAUCGAACAUUGGCUGUUCUCAGUCUUUGGGGAGAUAGCAAGCAGCAUGCGUUGAACGGGAUGCUCCGCAGCGCCUUGCUGCGAAAGGAUUGGCCAGAAGUCUCCAAAGCUACAGCUCAACUAAAUCAAAAUAAGAGCCCUGUCUCGAAAGCUAAUAUCAUCCUGAUGUACCAAUCCAUCCUUCGUCCUCGCACAACACCUUGGUGGGUACCUGUGAGGGGAAAGCGCAUCCAUGAUCUAGUAUUCUUGAUCACGCUAUGGCAGAACAGUCUUAUGUCUGGUACCGAUAUCCCUACAAACGCUUGGCGCGAACCUUUACGGCGUUUAGGUAUGAUGGGCAGGUGGAACGAUUUAACAAAGGCUUGCCAAUGGCUGUGUUCUUUCUAUGCUCCAGAUAUCACCCCAAUGACGGACAAUAUCAAUGACAAUCUCGCUGUCCUACCUGUGAAGCCAGGCACCAGAAAACAGGUUGAUUCUUCGAUUCUCAACGAGAUUCUGCACCCGGGGUUUCAGAGGGCUAUAGUGCAUUGGGGAUUUAUUGCUGGCCUGAGGGCCGGUAUGGUACCCUCAAGACAUGAAGAAGUUUAUCUUGGGAAGAACCGGAACCUUCGCCAGGUACCUUGGGUAUGCGGCAUUGAGCUUUUACGUAGUUUUCAAAAACUUUAUGGCCUGCGCUUACACGACGACGAGAUCAGACGGGCCUGUCAACAACGGCUCCGCCAAUUAUUCACACCCCAUGGGAACUCAAGACGAUGGUACAAUCGCCAAGCCAAAGCGAUAAACAGACACAAGCUGAAUUACUAUAUUGAUUGGAUCAACAUGGUGUACGGAGAUACUCUGAUUGAUCCCCUUGAUGUGCGAACCAUGGCGUAUAUCUAUAAGGCAGGUCAGACAGAGUCUUGCCGGGUCAAAUCUCUAGGGUCAAGGUCAAGGCCAAGGCCAGAGCCGCUCACCGGAAAGGAACAUGAUGCUUCGAGUGGGGGAGACGUGGAUGGAGGAGACGACUUCGUGAUGUAUAGAGACCUCUUCCAUGCUUCGUGGGAAGAUUAUCAGCCAGCAGGCCACAAGAAUAAGAAAUAG